GUUCCAGGGACUUCCAGGCGCUGCUCGCCCGCGGGCUGUGCUGGGCCGGCGACACCCGACCGCCUGGUAGCGCGCGCGCGCAGCUCUCAACCAGGGCCCAACAUGCGCCCGGCCAGGCCUCGUCAGCUGUUCCAUGGCCUACUGACAGCGUCACCGCCGCCGCCUCCCCGUCCCGCUCCAUCUCGUCGCAUCAUUCGGCCAUCCAUCUCGCAUCCUACGACCGCCGCCCCUCCCCCUUCACAGGGCUCUCUCUCUUGUGUUUCGCCCCUGACUUCACCGUCUCUUUGAUUCGAUUUUGUCUGGCCAUUCGAUUACAGUACUCACCAUUGCGCCUCUCCCUUGUAUUUUCUUCUUUUGUGUUGCCGCCUCCCCACCCCCGUCUCCGAUCUCCCCUCUCCGAGACGUCGCCGGUCGCUGCCAACUCAGCGCCUCGGUGGCGAGACGCACCCUGAAACUUCUGCGCCGGCCGACUCGACGACUUGACCAUCACACAACACGCCGAGCUCAAAAUGGCCGGGCGAUACGAGAGGGUGAAUGAACACGACGAGGACGACGUCGAAUCCCAACAGUCGAGACUGCCGAGACCCGUCCCGAACUCGCCGCCGCCGUCAUUUCACUCACGCGCCUCGUCCCCGACGCGCAACGGGCGAGUCGAUCCCGACCUUGCCGAUGCGUUCGAUACCGAUGGCGACAGCGAUGACGAGGCCGAUGACACGCAGCGGUUGGUGCGCCAGAGCACGACGCCGUCCAGCGGGUCGGUGAGCAGCGGACACGUCGGCGCGGCGAGCCAGGCGGCGCAGCUGCAACCUCCCAACACGGCUUCAUCGGGCUCGCGGCCGCGGUUCAUGGGCGGCGGCGUUGGCACCGACGGCGUGUUCGCCAACAUGUCGGCACGGCCGGAGCGUACAGAGUCUGAGAAGGACGAGCAGCCGCCGACGUACGAACAAGCAGCCGCGGACGCCGCGCCGCCGUACUGGGAGACGACGAUUCUGGCGCCCGGCUUUGGCGGCUUCGACGAGGUCUACGUGGACGGCAUGCCCGUUGGAUCCGUCUUUUCAUUUAUAUGGAACGGCAUGAUUUCAACGUCGUUCCAGCUCGUCGGAUUCCUCCUCACAUAUCUUUUGCACUCGACGCACGCAGCCAAGAACGGGUCACGCGCCGGCCUGGGCAUCACACUCAUACAGUACGGCUUCUACAUGAAGGGUACGUCGGACAACGAGCCGCCGCAGAUGAACGGGCCAGAUGGGUAUGCGGCGCCGCCCGACCCCAACUCACACGACUUCAACGCGGGCGACGUGACGGACGGUGGUGGCAGCGGGUCAGGGUCCAUCCAUGGGGGCGAGUGGAUCGCGUACGUGCUGAUGGUGGUGGGGUGGUUCAUCCUCAUCAAGAGCGUGGCCGAGUUCCUCAAGGCGCGUCGGCACGAGCAGCUGGUGAUGCAGAGCCCGGACCGGGGGCUCAACGUGCCCAUUAUUGCCGAGGGCGAGCAUCCGGAGCGGGUGGUGUGAGCCUGUGCCGCGCCGCUGCAUGUUGUAUACCCCCUAGUCGGCAGCACGAGCGAGCGAACAGAAAGACGCCGUGUCUGGGACCGAGUUCCGGAUCUGGAUCAUGGUACAGCGGGCAUUUUCCUCCGGCGUUACUGGGAUGGCAUGGGAUGAGGAGGGAUGGACGGGCGGGUCGAGGGAGGGCCUUUUUCCACGUACGAAGUCAGUCUUGGGGUCCUUUUUCUUCCCCUGGAUUUUUGAUUUGGCAGACAUGACGCACAGCACGCAUACUCUCUCACGUACACCGUCACUUCUCUCUCGUUUUCAUUGUUUCCUAGCCGACUUAUAGAAAGGCCGUUCUGCGGCGCCCUUUUUGCGCUGUCCUGGGGCGGUCCGGUGCCAGCCGGAUGCUUUUGCCUCGAACCUUGUGUGGCCUUUGACUUGCUCCAGCGGUACGAAGGAAGUAAUGUGAACGUGGACGGCAGGUACCGAGC